AUGCAUUCUGUCGGAGAAAAAUUUAUCGGGUCCUUGUCACAGUCCGCUGGUCCUUCGACGUCGUCCACCACCACCACAAACGUCGAAGAGACGGGCAGCAAAAAGAAUGAACCUCCUUCGAGCGGUUCUCCGGUUAUUUACUCCUCCGACCCCAAUAAUAAUGAUUCCGGUUUUUCGGAUCAAAUAAUAAAUGCACCUCAUUUCACCCAGAAGAUGAACGGAGAUUACACUCAACGCAAUGACUUUCACAUGCAAUCCUUCUCCACCCCUUUUCCCAAAACCUACACCGACGAUGGCAGCGGAUCGUCAUGCGCGGCUUCUGAAUUCACAGUCGAGCUAACGCACUGCACGGAGGACGAAGAUAACGUGACCUCGGAUGCUGAGAUCAUCGUUGAUUCCCCAAUUCCGAUAACCCCCCCUCCCGUGGAAUUCCUUUGCACCGCAAAAACGCCUAGCACCAUAUGUGACUCGGAGAUGAGCAUUGCUCACGAUUCCAUUCACGGUCUCCGCUUUCCAUAUGACUUUAACCAUUUGCACCCUUCAAAUUUGAUCUCUUCCAAAACGACAUUGCUCUCUUUCAAUUCAUCAUCCAUCAUGACGACCGCUGCUCAAAACGAAAUUCACAGACCCAUCACGAGAUCCCCCUUUGCGCAAGAUUCAUUGGAUAAUUCUUCUUCGCGAAGAUCAUCCCCCGACGCCGUCGAUCCAUCGCCAUCACCGUUGCUGUUACCAUCACCAUCACCACUGCUAUCGCCAUCACCGCUACCGUCGUUAUCAUCAUUACCCUCGCCAUCACCAUUUCUGUCGCCAUCACCAUUGCCGUCGCCAUCAUCCUUAAUGUCGCCAUCAUCCUUAAUGUCGCCAUCAUCUUUACUGUCACCAUCACCAUCCAUCCUGAUGAAAGAUGAUGUAGGAGAAAGAAGGAAGCCACGGCGCAAGCGAACACGCGAUGAGUACGUGGCCAAGUUGAAGCUUCCGGUAGAUGGGAUUGCCACGCGGCUUCGUCGUAAUCGUAGUUCGACGACCGCAGGUGCUGCUCCUUCGCCGCCAAAAGAGGUUGGUACUCUGCCUGCUAAAAUUCAAUCAUCACAGUCGACGGUUGUUCCGACCACUCCCGUACCCAAAUUCACUCGUGGCAGGGGACGGCCACCGAGCCAACAGGUGCCCUCUCGUCUUACUGCCAAGGAACGCAAGUUACAGUCAUAUUACGAGGAACGUGCUGCUCCAAUACCUAAAUGCGAACGUUCAUCGCCACCGCGCAUAUAUCCGCAACCCCUUAUGCAUCCCGUACUUUGUCACAGUCGAAACACCGUGGAUGCAGACCGACAUCACAAACUCUCUGUGGAAAAAACGGAGAACGACAAAAGAUCAGAGGAAAAAUUACGAUGUCAGACGUCAUCGACUCACGGAAAUACUAAGCAUGCCGUGGAGGAUGGUAAAAAUGUUAAGCCCACCGGCUCCUCACCUCCUGUCAGACCUGGCAAGUCGGAACUCUCAUUUCUCCUUGAAACGAUCGAUUGUAGGAUAAAGGAGGCCCGCGAGAAUCUAAGCACAGCCGGAAGUGCAAUUCAGUGCGCCAACCUUCUCUACUUUGACACAAAAAAGAAUAGAGGCAGUGGACUUCCUACCAGAUCCGGUUCAUCAUAUAACAUUGACCAUCAAAAAUAUUCCUGCAUCAGCAACGGGAUGACAGAUCUCUCCAGUGCUUUUGCAAAUUGCAAGAUUCGCCCGAACAACGGUUUGAACAAUAGUGCCGGGAACAAUGUCGCCACUACCCCUAAUACUAAAAGUCUUCAAGUCAAGCAAACGAACUCGCGCGAUCGAAUUGGAAGCGUUUGCGACUCACAGAACGCCAAAGCCAGUGUGGCGCCCACAGGUGUUUCCGCAUCGUCCCGACCACCGCCGUCAUAUCGCAGUAAACAACAAAUUCGCUCGGAAUGGAGCGCACGGCAGCGUGCUGGAUUCCUUGCCAUCUACCUUUCUCACGGAAAAGAUUUCAAACGUAUUUCCGCAAAGGUCCAGAAACCCCUGAAGAAGGUCGUCGAAUAUUAUUACUUGACCAAAUAUGACCCUGGAUUCAGAGAGGCCAAGAGAAUGCGGCGAGAGGCGUUGCACAAAGAUGAGGCGAUAGAGAAGUUGGACUGUUUCAUAAGAAGGCACCAAAAGGAAGCGGAUAAGAUUCUCGCGAGAAGGAAACAGUCGACGGAGAAGAGGCGCGGUCGUCCACGGAAGGACAAGAGAAAGGAUGAUGAAAAGGAUGAUGGGGAACAGGGUGAAGACUGA